AUGAAAAUCCUGCGUUUUCUCACUUUACUGCUUUGGCAUUUGGCUUGGCUGCCUCUGGAUCUAGUUCCCGGAGCCCUGAGCAGUUCUGAAGCAGGCCAGAGUAACCCAGGGUCUAAGCGAGCCUUUCUGAAAGCGGAAGGGAAGGAGCGGAACCCCUCGGCACGGGCGAGCCCCCUGCGGACCGCGAGCCAUGGCCAUGGUGCCGGCCCCUCCAAGGCCAGGGCUAAGAGCAGCGCUGCCCAGGCUGGAGCUCCGCUGGCCAAGAACGAGGAGUCAAAGAAGGGUCUCCCAAGAACAGCGGCCGCAGAGGGCAAGGUAGGACACCUGCCCAGCAGACCUGCUGGAGUGAGGACGGUGACUCCCAAAGUGCAGCACCUCGGCGGCAAGGUGGCUGUGAAAAAGCCUGGGGCCAGCGCUGCUGACGCUGAUGCUUUCAAAGGCAAAAAGACUAAGGAGCCUGGAAGCCAGAGGGAGAGCAAGGAAGCCUUCAGACACCCCCCGAUAACCCCCCACGAGUACAUGCUCUCCUUGUACAGGACUCUCUCGGACGCUGAAAGGAAAGGUGUUAAUGGGAGUGUAAAACUGGAGGCUGGGCUUGCCAACACCAUAACCAGCUUCAUAGACAAAGGACAAGACGAGCGGGCGCCGGCCCUGAGGAAGCAGAAGUACAUCUUCGACAUCAGCGCCCUGGAGAAGGACGGCCUGCUGGGAGCUGAGCUUCGCAUACUGAGGAAGAAGCCUUCUGACAGCUGGAAGCCUCCCCCUGCCGGGAGAACCUCCCAGGUGAAGCUGUUCAGCUGCUCCACGAACAGGCAAGCGGCGACGCUGCUGGACUCUCGCACGGUCAGCGUCACAGACACCCCCAAGUGGGAGGUGUUUGACAUCUGGAAGCUCUUCAGGAACUUUAAGAACUUGGCGAACCUGUGCUUCGAGCUGGAGAGCCUGGAGAGGGGCAGGGCCGUGGAUCUGAGGAGCGUGGGCUUCAACAGGACGGGGAGGCAGGUGAACGAGAAGGCUCUCUUCCUGGUCUUUGGGAGGACCAAGAAAAGAGACCUGUUCUUCAACGAGAUCAAAGCCAGGUCUGGGCAGGACGACAAGACCGUGUACGAGUACCUCUUCAACCAGAGGAGGAAGAGGAGAGCGCCGCUGGCCACGCGCCAGGGGAAGAGGCCCGCGAAGAACCCGAAGGCGAGGUGCAGCAGGAAAACCCUUCACGUGAACUUCAAGGACAUGGGCUGGGACGAUUGGAUCAUAGCCCCCCUGGAGUAUGAAGCCUACCACUGCGAGGGGCUCUGCGAGUUCCCCCUCCGGUCCCACCUGGAGCCCACCAACCACGCGGUGAUCCAGACCCUGAUGAACUCCAUGGACCCGGAGUCCACCCCCCCCACCUGCUGUGUGCCCACCAGGCUGAGCCCCAUCAGCAUUCUUUUCAUUGACUCUGCAAACAACGUGGUCUACAAGCAGUACGAGGACAUGGUGGUGGAGGCCUGCGGCUGUAGGUAG